AAAUGGUGAAUGUCUUUUGCAGUGGACAACUUUGGACUAACCCAAUAUUUCCCCCCAUGAGGCAGUGCGGUUGUUGGCGCUUGGAAGAGUGGGCCUCAGCAUAGCAGCACUUGAAGGUUGAUGGAAUGUCCAACUCCGACAAGCAACAGCAGCAAAACACCUCAGCAGGCGAGAAGUGGAGAGUCAAGACCCUGGACGAAAUCUUAGAGGAGAAGCGCAGACGGAAGGAACGGCAGACCAUGGAGCAGGGGAGCAAGGGAGACCACUCGGGACAUCUUGAAGAAGGGGAGCUGGAAGAUGAGUGGGCCCCCCACAGAGCACGAGAGACUGGUACAGAUCCCUACAGGCACAUAGAAAAUGGUGAACUUCAGGAGAAGAAAGGAAAGGAAGGGGUGACGGAGGGAGGUGGCAGUGAUGAUGAAAGGAUGGAGGAAGGACUGGAUAUCAAACCUCCACAGCCCAAGAAAGACAGCAGGUCUUCCCACCAUUCCCAUAAGGACAGAAGGAAGGACAAACACCGGGACCGAUCCCAGCGCCGGAAGAGGUCGCUGUCCAAGGAAGGCGCCGACUACGGUCCCGCCAGGCAGAAACGCCGCAGCAAGGAACCGGAGAGGGCGGACCACAAGGAGCGCAGACACGCCAGGCCGGCAGAUUUUGCAGCAAGGGGUCGAUCACAGAAGCAGCCUUACCGUGAACGCGAACGUCCGCGGGAAAGACCCGAAGCACCGAGGGAACCAGAACCAUGGAGACGAGAUCGAGUUGGGCCUCGUCCAGAAAGGGAACCACCACGGGGUGAUAGGUUGGCUCCACGUGCCGACAGAGAGAGGGAACGGCCACGGUCGAAGGAGGACUUAAGGAGGAAGGAGCGACGGGAUGUCGGUCCUCAACAGAGCAGCCGCAGCGGGCAGAGCAGGAAACGGGAGGGGGAACGAAGCCCAGUAAGACCACCACGUGAUGAACAGAACUUACGGGCACAACCAAAGUACGAAUCACCAAAGGUAAAAGAGCAAGAUGAGCCACAGAGUGCAGAUGAGAGGGUGCACACACCACCAAGGGAGGAGGAGGAACAGGAGAUCGAGGUCGGAGGUAUGGAAGUAGAGAGGGAGGAGGAGAGAAGUGAGAGUUCUGGGGAGGGGUCAUCAGGGGAGGAGUCAGGGUCAGAGGGUGAGGGGUCAGAGGGCGAGGGGUCAGAGGAAGGGGAGGAGAGUGGGGAUGAGUCAGGAUCAAGCAGCUCCUCUUCUGAGGACGAAGAUUCUGGGGAGGAAUCUGGAUCCGGGGAUGAUCAAGGCAGCGAGAGAUCUGGCAGUGUGCGAUCCACAAGUCCAGAUCACGUUGAGAACAAAACACACCAUGUCCACGUCAAGUCCAAGUUUGAUGAAGAGUCAGGAGGGAGUGAGGAAGAAGAUGACCAAUCAGAGCCUCCCUCUGAUAACGAGUAUGUGGUGGCAGAUUCGCCUCCUGAGUCGCCACCAGAGCUGAAACCAGAGAUUCCUCCAUACCUCCCUGCUGUCAUGGGCUGCCGCAACGUGGAAGAAUUCUCCUGCCUCAACAGAAUAGAGGAAGGCACGUACGGCGUCGUGUACCGUGCAAAGGACAAGAAGACGGGAGAGAUUGUGGCCCUAAAGCGGCUCAAGAUGGAGAAGGAAAAGGAAGGGUUUCCCAUCACCUCCCUUCGCGAGAUCAACACCCUUCUGAAAGCUCAGCAUCCGAACAUUGUGACGGUGCGCGAGAUCGUGGUCGGCAGCAACAUGGAUAAGAUCUACAUCGUGAUGGAUUACGUUGAGCACGACUUGAAGUCGCUAAUGGAGACCAUGAAGCAGCCGUUUCUGGUUGGGGAGACGAAGACUCUGCUGAUCCAGUUGCUCCGGGCCGUACAGCACCUCCACGACAACUGGAUCCUCCAUCGGGACUUGAAGACGUCCAACCUCCUCCUCUCGCACAAGGGCAUCCUCAAGGUCGGGGAUUUUGGGCUGGCGCGUGAGUACGGUUCCCCGUUGAAACCGUACACACCAAUCGUGGUAACCCUGUGGUACCGUGCCCCAGAACUCUUGCUAGGAGUGAAGGAAUACUCCACCCACAUCGACCUGUGGUCCGUCGGGUGCAUCUUUGCUGAGUUUCUCACCAUGAAACCCCUCUGGCAGGGCAAAUCGGAGAUCGACCAACUGAACAAGAUCUUCAAAGACCUGGGCACCCCGAGUGAACGGAUCUGGCCUGGCUAUAAUGAACUCCCUGCUGUAAAGAAGUGCACGUUCGCUGAGUAUCCUUACAACAACCUUCGCAGUCGAUUUGGAGCGUACCUGUCAGACCUAGGCUUCGAGCUCCUUAACAAAUUUCUCACGUACUGUCCCUCGAAGAGGAUCACCGCAGAAGACGCGCUGAAGCACGAGUUUUUCCGUGAGUCACCGCAGCCGGUGGACCCGAGCAUGUUCCCAACAUGGCCGGCAAAGAGCGAACAGACCACGACACGCGUGAAGAGGGGAAGUAGCCCGCGGCCACCAGAAGGAGGGUUGGGUUAUGCCCAACAGUUGGCAGAAGAUGGGGACAUUGAACCUGGUCUGGGCUUUCACUUCAACACAUCCCAGCAAGGGGUGUCAGCGAAGGGGGCAGGCUUCAAUCUCAAGUUCUAGUUAUUCCUAACUAGUCACUAAGAUCUUACCUAAUAUCCAUUCUAGUUUAGCUCAUCACCUCUCUCCAGAAUGGCCAGAGUCCCUAAAGUAAUACCUGUUCAAAUUCAUGCAUUUUAUAUUUCACUCUGUAAAAAUAUUUGUCACGUUGUAUUUGUGUAUUAGAUUUCUAUCAUAUGAUCUAAAAAUAAGAAAGUAAAAUGCAAAAGGGUUUAUAAAAAGGAUGCCUUCCAAGAAAAAAAAGCCAAAAUUUAUGUGUUCAGACUCAGAGAAUGAAAAUUGUGUGGCCUUUGUAUUUCGGACUGGGGGAGGUUCCUGGUUGAUCUGGGUAAAUGUUAAGAGACUAGCAUUGAAUGUAUCUCCUUACACUUACAGCUCAUACUAAGGUCUUUGUGAUAUAACACUAGCUUUGUGCAGGACCAGCAGAUAUGAUAGAAUAUGACUAGCCUCAAAGAAGGGCAAAUAUAUGUGUAUCCAGAUAGAUUUGAAACUGUACAUAUCCACUUGUGGUUGCAUAUACAUGUAGUGUGGAAUUAAACUAAGUACAUGCAGUCAAUGUUGUUUCAGAUCAU